AUGCCUGCGGGGACCUGGGGCUCCUCGCUCUCCCUGGAACGCUGGUGCGGCCGAUGCAACAAUGAAAGCAAGUACCUCGGGGCCGCUGGGGGACGGGGGGCCCCGCGGUCGUCCUUCACGCUCUGCGCGUUUGUGGUUGAGCAGCGUCCUCCUGAGCGGAUCUCCUCCUCAGCCAGGCAGGUGGCCAGAGCCCCUCCAGCAGCAGUGUCGAGCCCCGAGGGCCUGUGCCGGCAGGAGGGCAGCCUUCCAAGGAGCCUGGCUGCUGAGGGCGGAGAGGAACAGGGCAUGAGGCUGAGGCUGAGCCCCAGCGGUGCCAUCCAGCUGGGAAACCUGGACACGGGCCUCCCAGUGUUGUCUCACGGCCACACGGCUGUCCAGAGCACCCGACCAGAGGCAUGCUCGCAGCACCGCGGGGAGCCGGCCCCGGGCCGAGCGCGCCCGGAGUCAGGCUGGUCGCUAGGCACCGCCACCGCGCUUGGGGCGCACGUGCGCGCCUGCCGGGAAGAAGAUGGGGGGGGCUGCUGCGGGCCUGCACACAAAGGGGGCUCCGCGCACAGUAGGGGACUGGACGCCGGCUGCUCGCGUGGCCCGGCCUCCGAAGGCAGCCCGGGGCUGGCCGGACCCCGCAGCACCGAGAUGCGCGGAGGCGGCCCAGCGUCGCCUCCCGCGUAUGGUACGGCUAGCCUCCCCGCCGGACCUCCGCGGAUGGUUUCGCCCACCCGAGUCCGCUCCUCCAUCCGCCGCGGAGGGGCGAACAAAGGGGGCGUGGCGCACAGGCCACGCCCCCAGCUGCACAGCGGUGAGGCGGGGAUCGCGGCCUGCGGGGCCACGCCCCCCGCCGCGGCGGCGCAGGGGCGGGGCGGGGCCCUGGACCCGAAGGCCCCGCCCCCUCGUCGGCGUGACGGUUGGACGCGGGCGCGGCACUGCGGGUCCCGAUUGCUGCAGCCGCUUGUCAGUGUGAUGAAGAUUGGCACCCAGGUAAGCUGUCACUCAACCGCUCCGCCGCCGCCGCCGCUCCGCCGCCCCGUCCCUAUCAAUCACGCCGGCCCGCAGGCGCCGCGGCCGCCGCCCCGCCGCCGCCGCCUGGGUCUCCGCGGGCCGCCACCGCCCGGGAGGGCCGCGCCGGACCCGCCGCCCGGGGCAGGGGGCGGGGAGGGGGCGCGGGUGGGGGAGGGGAGCCGAGGCCGCGGGGAGGGGCGCUGUCCGCCGGGCCGGCGUGGGCGCGCGCCCCGCUUGUUUUUCGGUGUGGGCUUUGGGACGCGGAAAUUUCUGGAAGGCGCCGCCGCCGCUGCCGCCGCCGCGCGGGGCCCGCCGCGAGACGCGCGCUCCUAA